AUUCAAAAAAGAAGUAAACGGAAAGUCUUGUCUCAUCCACCUCCUCACGCCGGCAGGGCAGAGCAGAGCAGGUGCAGCGGAUCGACAUCGACCCAUGGAUUCUUCGGCCCUCAGCAAUCCGCGUCUCAUGGCGCUCAUUGAGGAGGAGAAAAAAAGGGCCAUGGCGAACGAGCUGGUGGCGAAGCUGACGUUUGUCUGCUGGGACAAGUGCGUGACGGGGAGCGUGGGGAGCAGCCUGAGCAGGAGCGAGACCUCGUGCCUGUCCAACUGCGCGAAACGCUUCGCCGAGGUGAAGAUGAUGGCCCUGCAGCGCUUCACCACUACCGGCCGCGGCUGAAGUCCCAACGGCCAACCACGCGCGCAAACGCAGGCAUCUCUCUCUCUCUCUCUCUCUGCCCCUGCGUGGACGGAGCAAUGUGUGUGUGUGGUGUGUCCUCUGGAGUGUGCCAUUGUUGGUGAGAUGGUAGAAAACUAGAAAGACAUGUCAAUGUAUCCUAUGCAUUUUUUUUGUUUAAGACGGUGUUAGAAUUAAGUUGAUUCUGAGAUGUUGAUGCAAGAAGUGGCUGCGGCUCUUCCGUUC